UUCUGUUGUGUCUCACAUAAACAAAAACCUGAUUUGUCUAAUGGCUGCUGCUUGUGUGAACAAUAAUAAUAAUGCAUUGAUUGUGAUUGUCAUAACAUUGUUCCUAAUAAUCACUUUGUCUUCUUCUUCUAUGGCUGGUAGCAAUUUCAACCAACAAGUUGAUAUCACUUGGGGCGACGGUAGAGGUAAGAUUCUCAAUAGUGGCAAGAUUCUUACCCUGUCUCUAGACAGAGCUUCUGGCUCUGGCUUUCAAUCCAAGAAUGAGUAUCUGUAUGGCAAGAUUGACAUGCAAAUCAAGCUUGUCCCUGGAAAUUCUGCUGGCACUGUCACUGCUUAUUACUUACGUUCAGAUGGAAUAUCAUGGGAUGAGAUAGACUUUGAGUUCUUGGGAAAUCUUAGUGGUGAUCCGUACGUAGUUCAUACAAAUGUGUAUACACAAGGAAAAGGUGGCAGAGAGCAACAAUUUUAUCUCUGGUUUGAUCCAACCGCAAAUCUUCACACCUAUUCCAUUCUCUGGAAUCCUGCACACAUUGUGUUUUAUAUUGAUGGAAGACCAAUAAGGGAGUUCAAAAACUUAGAGGGUGUUGGUGUUCCCUACCCAAAGAACCAACCAAUGAAACUGUAUUCAAGUCUCUGGAACGCUGAUGAUUGGGCAACAAGAGGAGGGCUUGUGAAGACAGAUUGGAGCCAAGCUCCAUUCACAGCUUCCUUCAAGAACUUGAAAGCCAAUGGUUGUGUUUGGUCCAAUGGUGUUUCUUCAUGCAACUUAUCAUCAUCAAAUUCCUCUAACAACUCUUGGCUUUCUCAACAGCUUGAUUCAAACGGUCAGAGGAAGCUCAAAUGGGUGCAGAAGAAUUAUAUGAUUUAUAAUUACUGCUCAGAUAUUAACCGAUUCCCUCAGGGCCUUCCUCUUGAAUGCACGCUCCGAACCACCUGAUUUCAAAUUCUGUGUUUCCCAAUUCAUUCUGCAAUUUAAAUUAUUUGUAUCAUGUUCCAUUGUGACGUAACACUAACAAUUUUAGUAAUAAAAUAAUAAUAAUACCUUUUUUUACUAGUAAACAAGACCACUACUGCUGGUGGUUUUA